GACUCUAGGGCUGCAGAUAAGACUGUUGCCAUGGUCCUGAAGGAGAUACCAAGUAAGGCGUCAUCAGAAGGGAAGCCCCUCCUCACAGUGACUACCAAGCUGGUGAGUGAGCAACAAGAGAGUCGCCCGCUUCUAAGUCCCUCCAUCGACGAUUUCCUCUGCGAGACCAAGUGUGAUGGGGUUUCCCGCCCAGUGACUUCCAACACAGCUGUUCUAUCUUCAACACUGGACCUGCUGGAUCUCAGUGAACCUGGCGAGAGGAGGAGCAGCAAGGACAAGAGGAGCCCUCUGUCGUCCCGGUGCAACAGCCAGAAGAAGAACUCUCACAGGAAGAAGACGGAUGAGACAGAGCUGAUCCAGGUGGAAGUUGAACAAACAGGACAAAGCAUGAGGACCCCAGAGAGGGCAUCACUAGACUCAGGUACCAUUGGUUCAACGUUGGAUAAAUGGGAAGAGCUGAACCCCAACCCUGAGAGGAAUGGCAACAGAAAAUGGAAGUUGGAGAGACGGCGGUCUUCUAAAAAUUCAUCCAAUGAGUUUCUGUGGUCCAUAGACUGUAAAACCCAAAUAGAGCCAUUCAACAAGAACUCCUUGGAAGUAAAUACCAAAGUGGAGCCAGAGUCUGCUUUAUCAAGUCAACUCAACAGGCAGUAUAUUAGUGGAAGACAUGCUCGCUUAGCCAAGGAGCAGCGGUUGGGCAGUGCCCUCCUGUCCAGACAUCAGUCCCUGGAGGAGGAGUUUGAGCGAGCCAAGGCUGCUGUUGAGUCAGAUACCGAAUUCUGGGAUAAGAUGCAGGCGGAGUGGGAAGAGCUCGCCCGGCGGAACUGGCUGACUGAAAACGAGCAGGCACAGAUUCCCUCUUCUGUGUCUCCACAUGAGAAGGGCUACUACUUCCACACAGAUAAUCCUUAUAAAGACUUGCCUAACGCAUUUGAAGAGGGACAAAAGAAGUCUCGAGAGGGAGACUUGCAAAACGCCGUGCUUUUGCUGGAAGGAGCUGUCUUGCAGGACCCUCAGGAUUCAGAGGCUUGGCAAGUGUUGGGGACAACGCAGGCGGAAAAUGAGAAUGAGCAGGCAGCAAUCGUCUCCCUCCAGAGGUGCUUGGAACUCCACCCAAACAACCUCCCUGCCCUCAUGGGUCUGGCAGUGAGCCUGACCAACACUGGAAUGCGAAAUGAUGCCUGCGAGGCCCUCCUCCGCUGGCUGCGACACAAUCCAAAGUACAAGCACCUGUUGAAGGGCAAGACCCACCUGAUGGGAUCCCCAAACUCCCAACGCAGGAUGUCUACGUCCCCAGUUCACAGCUCCCUGCUCCCCGAGGUCAAGGAGCUCUUCCUGGAAGCAGUUCAGCACAACUCUGACAGCAUCGACCCGGAUUUGCAGACUGGCCUCGGAGUGCUCUACAACCUCAGUGGAGAGUUUAACAAAGCUGUGGAGGCCUUCAAUACGGCCCUGUCAGUGCGGCCGGAGGACUACUUGUUGUGGAACCGCCUGGGGGCCACACUGGCGAACGGGGACCGGAGUGAGGAAGCAGUGGAGGCUUAUACGCGAGCCCUAGAGCUGCAACCGGGGUUCAUUAGGUCCCGCUACAACUUGGGCAUCAGUUGUAUUAACCUGGGGGCACACAGAGAGGCGGCCAGUAACUUCCUGACCGCCUUAAGUCUUCAGAGGAAGAGCCGGAGUCGCCAGCAGUCCCAUCAGGUGAUGUCUGGGAACAUCUGGGCUGCGCUGAGGAUAGCUUUAUCCAUGAUGGACCAGCCCGAACUCUUCCAGGCUGCAAAUAUUGGGGACCUGGAUCUUCUCAUGCGGGCCUUCAACCUAGACAUUUGAGGAAUAGUGAGGUAGUGACAAUAGCAUCUCCCCUUUCACUUUUCCUUCAAUUUCUACCCA